UAAUGACAGAGAAUUUUAUGGUUCUGCAAAACUUUAUCAGUAUAUGAUGGAUGAUUGUAAUAUUCAUUGUUUGAUAUUUAAUUCAACAAAUGGACAUUUAAUAAUAGGAGUUAGAGACAAUGAACGAUUUUUGAUCACUACGAGUUGCUUUACUGGUGAUCAUCUUUCACGUGAAAAUAUUGAAAGACUACAUGAAGAAACUAUUAAUCGAUUUAACCAGUUUGAAAUUUAUAUUUAUUAUUUUCCUUGUAGAAUUGGAGCUCAUGAAGAACAUUUUGAAUUUAUAAAAGAUUCUAAAAAAAUAUACUAUGUGUUUGAAAAAAAGAAGUUUAAAGAUUUGUUUAAAAGAAUUAUCUUGAAAUUUCCUUUUUCAAUUGAUCAAAACGAGGAUUAUACUGAAACACUUUCUCGUGAAUUUGGUUUGAACGAAAUACGACGAUUUGUUUGUAGAUUUAAUAUUAAGUUUAAAGGUCGUUAUGAAGAGCUUGAAUUGAAAUAUUUCGG